AUGCAAUGCACCCCAGCUUUCAAGAGUUUUGGAAACAUUACUAGAUACUUCCCGCAGAUCUUGUCGCAACUAUCGAUUCUCACAUCUGUUUUCGGUUCCAUAUCCUUGGAGCAUCUAGAUAAGUUUUUGCCCUCUAAUCACUUCUCUAACCGAGAAAUCUUGAGUCAAAUUGGAUUGAUAGCUCAGGGUACUAUUGCCAGUAUUCACGCAAGGCCGGAACUAAGCUACAUACCCAAAACAGAUGUUGAGCUCAAUUCUCGGGCUGAGUACACAAAGCAAGAACCCUACAAGCUAAAUGGGUAUCUUGUGGUCGGUUAUUUCCAAAGAUUUGAGAAUGACAGUGGAUACCUCCAGGAGAAUAUUGCACGGAUGUUUUCUCCUUCACUGCCAUGCACCAAAAAGUUAGCCGGAGCUUCAUUUACCAGAGAUGAUUGUUAUCAGAGCAUGCUGGGAGAAUUUCAAAGCAUUCAAAGACGUCUCUAUCAACUCAUAGAGGACAGUAGGGUUCUUAGAACGGAGGUUAUCCAGACAAACAGUACCUUAGAGCUACAGAAGAUCGAAUAUGACCACUGA